AGAGACUGCCCUAUAGAAGGAGGAGGAAGAGGAGAAGCAUCUAUUGUAGUCAUGGCGGUUGCAGCUCUUGCCGCAGAUGCAGCGAGAAAGCUAUUCUUACAAACUCCAUUAUCUUUCUCAUCCGUAAGACCACGUAAUUUUCCUCAUUUCCGCAGCUUCGCUUCCCUCCGCCCCCGCCGGCCAAAUGUAUUCUCCCCUACCGUCGCCGCCGCCGCCGGUGGUAGCAGCAAGAGUACUGCAAAGAAGAAGAGCAAAUCCAUUCCAGAGAAAGUUGAUUCUGAAUCGUUAAAGAGGCGCACGCGGUCGGUUAAGGAGUUCGACGAGGAAGCGGCUCUCAGGUUUGGUGGUACCACCUCUCAUAUUCCGGUGAUGUUAGGCGAGGUCUUGGAAGUGUUUACUUCAAUUCCUCUCAGAUCCUUCGUUGAUUGUACUCUUGGAGGCGCUGGACAUUCUUGCUCUAUGAUUCAGGCUCACCCUGAAAUGCAAGUAUAUGUUGGAAUUGAUGUUGAUCCUGUUGCACAUGAAAAAGGCCAAGCCAUGAUAAAUUCUCUAUUGCAUGAUGAUCUUGGUGGUCCAAUUUCAAACCUGAAAGCUUACACUUUUGUGAAGAAUUUCAGUAACAUUCAUCAUGUCAUAAAUGAGAUUGAUAACAACCUUCUAAUUAAAGGAGUUGAUGGCAUAAUGAUGGAUUUGGGAAUGUCAUCUAUGCAGGUCAAUAAUGCUGAAAGAGGAUUCAGUGUACUCAAUGAUGGACCUCUUGACAUGCGAAUGAAUCCUAAGGCAAGUCUGACAGCAGAAGACAUAUUGAACACAUGGCCAGAAGUUGAAUUGGGAAGAAUCCUGCGGGAUUAUGGAGAGGAAAGCAAUUGGUAUACUCUUCAGAACAAAAUCGUCAAAGCUCGUCUAACUGGUGGAUUGCACUCAACUCGCCAACUAGUUAAUCUCAUUCAGAAUACAUCUUCCAGGACAAGAGGAGGGCGUCAGGGCUGGAUUAAAACGGCUACAAGAGUAUUCCAAGCUCUGAGGAUAGCAGUUAAUGAUGAACUGAACACUCUGGAAUCCUCAUUGAAGUCAUGUUUCAAUUGCCUUGGUCAUGGUGGGAGACUUGCUGUCAUCUCUUUUCACAGUUUGGAAGACCGAAUUGUCAAGAAAACUUUUCUCAAUAUCAUCGAAAGCAGCAGCAUAAACAAAGACGAUGAUGAAGAGGAAAGGUGUUUGGAUUCGAGGGAGAUUGAUGGAAACAAUAAGGAAGAAGAAGAAGGAUGGAUUAAACAACGGGUAAGGGGAAUCAAUGGGGAAAUCCUGACUAAAAGACCCAUAACACCAACAGAAGAGGAGGAAAAGUUGAAUAGAAGAAGUAGAAGUGCAAAACUUAGGGUUAUCCAGAAGUUUUGAUGUUUUUAUUUAUUUGAAUGCUCCUGUCUUCUCUUCUCCUUUGCACUUCCCUUUUAGACCUAAAACCAUGGAAAUUUUUAUUUGGAUGAGUGAUGAAAGGAAAAUCUGAGAUAUUUAUUUUUGAUCUA